AAACACUCCGCGGCGGUGGCGGCUGCUGCUCUUCUUCGGGUUCUGUCACGGUGUCGGCGGUGCCCAGCUCGCUGGCCCCUUCCACCUUCCGGCGAGCGUGGUCCCCAGAGAGCCCCCCUUAGCCCUGCUCUUCGGGACCCUCAGCGGGGCGCGGGUGUCGGGCGGCGCGGCGGCGAGCCCGUGGGCAGUGGGGGUUGGUCCCGUGGCUCCGGCCCCCGGUGCAGAAUGGCGACGGCGGUUCGGAGGAACAUCCAGAUGCUGCUGGAGGCGGCCGACUACCUGGAGCGGCGGGAGAGAGAAGCUGAACAUGGUUAUGCCUCCAUGUUACCAUACAAUAACAAGGACCGAGAUGCCUUAAAACGGAGGAACAAAUCCAAGAAGAAUAACAGCAGUAGCAGAUCAACUCACAAUGAAAUGGAGAAGAAUAGACGGGCUCACCUUCGCUUGUGCCUGGAAAAGUUGAAGGGACUAGUACCACUUGGGCCUGAAUCAAAUCGACACACUACGUUGAGUUUAUUAACAAAAGCCAAAUUGCACAUAAAGAAACUUGAAGACUGUGACAGAAAAGCCAUUCACCAAAUAGACCAGCUUCAGCGAGAGCAGCGGCACCUGAAAAGGCAGCUGGAGAAGCUGGGCAUUGAGAGGAUACGCAUGGACAGCAUCGGCUCCACAGUCUCCUCGGAGCGCUCAGACUCGGACAGGGAAGAAAUUGACGUUGAUGUUGAAAGCACAGACUAUCUCACGGGCGAUCUGGACUGGAGCAGCAGCAGCGUGAGCGAUUCUGAUGAGCGGGGAAGCACGCAGAGCCUCGGCAGUGACGAGGGCUACUCCAGCUCCAGCAUCAAGAGAAUAAAGCUCCAGGACAAUCACAAGACGUGUCUCGGUCUAUAAGAGACAGUGGUCGCUGUGGCUGCCGCCUUGAAGGUUCUCCCUGUCGGAUCUUAUUAGGUAGUGUAUUGGACCUUCCCACAGUUCCCUUGCACGUAAAUUUCAGUGUACCAACUUUACCAAAAUCAGCUUUGUAAAAGUUUUCAAAGAAGUGCUUAGGAUUGUGGGUUUCUGAUUGCAUCCACUAGCUUCUCUUUCUCCAUAAAAAUUCGUCUCUGAGAGACUGUACAUUCCAAUCAGUUUAAGGCAUCCAAGAAUUCUUAGACCGGAUAACCAACUUUCACAUCUCGGCAAUUUCCCCCCUUCUGUACUGAACUUAUGUAGUCUACCAGACCUUUCUUAAAGUUUUCUGGCUUACUGUGUUUCUUGCCUAGCAAAAAUGUCCAAGUGUGUCUUAUGCUUAGGAAACCUGAAGGAAACAAACUUCUACAGUGAGCUCCUGGUCUCAGAACUCCAAAGCAAGCUUCGCAAGCAGCAUUUAAGAGCACUUACCUAUGGACCUCACCCUCAGUGAGGCAGUCAGGAUACCUCCAGAAAACACACCCGUCAUACUCCCACACUGACCCCUCACCCACAUUUGGAUGGGAGCAGUAUUUCUCACUUUAAAAUGGACACCUUGAUGGCAUGUCUUUGGGGUUGCACAGCUUGCAAAAGAUCCAAUAUUGUUUGUACUCACAAACGGUACAAUCUAUUUUUGUGUGAUGUUCUCGGGACCUGGCUGUGUUCUGCUAUCCCAAGACACUUUUUCCCCUCAAAGUUUGUUAAUGAGACUUGUCUCUGGAACAUUUUUUUUUUCCUACCUCAGAGAUAAAUGAGAUCUCCAUUUCCCACUUAACACAAAGUGAUUAUGCCUCUUCUACCCACCCACCCCCAAAUAAGUGACAUUUGGUCCAAUUCUAAUCUAUUUUCCUAUUUAACUUUCAGCAAUAACUGAGCUUUGGCACUAGCUGAGCUAGUGUCAUCAGUGAAAGGAGAAGUCCACAUUUCUAUUCAAUAUUGCAAGUGAACAGGAGGGGAUGGUACAGUAUCACUAGAAUUCCUCUCCUUAUUGAUUAAUUUUGGACAUACCCAGAAACUUCUUUAUGGAGGCUUUUGGGUUAAUAGUUUAAAAGGCUGAUUUUCUUUUUGGUUAUGAUUUCUCCCUUAAGUGGUCUCCCACUUUGUAGCAUUUUUAUUUAAGCUAAAACAGAGCACAUGUAUAUGUACAUAAGACACAUUAAAUCUAUAAAUACUAUUUAUUCAUUUUAUAUAGACUAAUGUAAUGGAAAAUAAAUUCUUAUGACUUUGUGCUUUUAUAGAUGUUCUAGAAACUUUGUAUGUAGGUAUCUUCAAAAUUGGUUCAUUCCCUGUAAUAUUUUUGCAUUCAUAGUUUUGAGGUCUUCAUGUUUUCAGCCUCUUGCUGAUCUUUUUCAUUGAAUUUGGACCAUUUGUAAAAUCUGUGAUGCUGAAAUAGAGUGUGUGUCACCAAGCAAUUAGAACAUUCCUCAGAUCCACAGAUGCACUGCAGUCCAAGGGCUCAACGGCUGAAUCAGUAGCGGCAGCCACCACGUGCUCCCCUGCUGGGUCUCUAACACAGCACAGCCUCGCAACUCACCCAGCACCUGCACCUCCCAGACACCUGAAGUCACGUUCACACACACUCUACACGCAAGCUCAUUCUGUAAAUGAAGAGCAAUCUAAACAAAACAAGAGAACUUUUUUUUUUAAGAUUCUUUAAUUUAUUUUAAAAACCUAAGAUCGGAAGUAGUGGGUUCCUAAAUGAUUCCAAAAUCAUCUGUAAUUCUUCUAUUUUUGUUUUGUUUUCUUCAUUUCAGCUUUGGAUGGGGGAGGGGCAGGUGACAAAAAGGGUUGGUUUUUUGUUUUUGUUUUUAUUGAUGGAAUCUUUUCCAAUUACCAGCUGAAGAUUUGCACUGAAGUACAACUUGUAUGCCUUUUGCAUUUUUAAAGCCUGCUUCCUGAAUUUAAGCAGAGUGAUAGUGUUCAAAGAGCCAGCUCAGCCUGUAACAUGUUUGAAAAAAGAUAUAGCUGCACUUUGAGGUCCCUUUUGAAUGUCAUUCACUAGACCUCUCGAGCAUUUCAUUUAAUUGCUACAUUCAAGCGCCUCACAAGCCCACAGUGAUGGAUGCUGUAUGGCAUCGAAAACUCAAGACUUUGGGAAAAGCUUGUGGGCUUGCAUUGGGGGAGGGAAGGGAACAAAAUUUGUGUACUUGUUUGUUUAAUUUAGAAAUAAGGCAUCCAAGAGAUGCCAUUAUUUUCUGUGUUUUAAUUGUUGUGCCUUUGAGUUAUACUGCAUUUUUGUCUUUUGGUUGAAAUAUGAAAUGUACUGUCCCAAUAUAAAACAGUAAUUAUUUGACCUUUGCACUGUUUGUCUGGUCCUUUUCAAUUUGAUUGCAUAUAAAUGUGGAACUUAAAAGAUCUCUAUAUUUUUAAUGCACUUGUGAUAAACUGACACCAGGGUUAGACGUUACUUUCAAAGCUCCAGGUAGACCAAGCCAACAUGCCAGCCAGGCUGCUUUCUAACCAAAACUGUAAACUUCAGGGCCAGCAAACUCAGACCAUGGCAGCUAACUCCCUUCCCUACGUGGCCAGUCGGCAGCCCUGAUUCACCAAUCUGUCGUCUCUCAUUCACUGAUCCACCAGCGUGACUGUUAAGAGCUAUCGAGUUUUUUUGGUGGUCUUGAUUUUUUUUUUAAGCAAAAUGAAAAAUCUUUCUAUUAGGGUUCUUGGGGGGAGGGGAGGGGCAAAGAUAUAAACCCCAGCCUUUAAGACUUUGACAAUUGUACUUAAAUAUAAAUGUGUAUAAAUAUAGACACAUGUAUAUUUUUAUGUGACAGUUGAUUUUAAAAAAUGAAAAAAAUCUAAACUGCACUCUUAUCAAUACCAUUGCAAUGCAAAUGGAAAAAUAGAGUACAUAGUCCCAUUUACUUUAAUACAGUGAGAAAAUAUAUAUGUGUGCUUCUGUUAACAUCCCGGAAAACAUAGCUUUCCAUCUCUUGUUGGUUUUGAACAGCAGGCCGGGCACCCAAAGUUUUUUUAUUUUGGUUUUCUUUUGCUAAGCAGAGAUCUCGAAUUCUUCAAGGUGCUGAUAGCUACUGCUGGCUCCUUUCUUUAGUCACAGAUCUAAUGCUAGUUUAGUGAUUCAAAGAGCAUCAUGUUGUUUGAGUAACCCAGGACUAAAAUAAUUUCAGUGUCAGUUCAGAAUCAAGCAUUAUGUAGACCUUGAUCCUGCAAUCGGCCACUUGAGUACCGUUUUUUUUUUAAGGUGGGCAUUUCCCCUUAACCUUUUCUUCUUUCAAGUGCAACAGCAAAAGGUCGUGACCUGGUUUCUUAUGGGCCUCUCUCCCCCAUCCCUGAAGUAGCCAAGAGCAAAUCUUGGAUUGUGGCGGGGGGCAGGGGUGGGGCGGGAUGUGUAUAAACUAAGUAGGAUUGUGGUGCUCAAAAUAACCAUCUAGCAAUAUCUUUGGGAUUGACAAUGGAUUUUUGUGAACUUUUUUCCUUGUUGCCUCUCCCCCAGCCUUUAAAGAGAGAACUCAUUUUUGAAAAUAAGUGAAAAAUACAUUAUUAUUUAGCUUUUUGUACCAUACUGUAGUGGCAAGAAUACCACUUUCAUUGUGCUUUCUAAUCUAUUUAUUCCCCUGAAUGUUAAUCUUUUCUGUUUCUUGUUAUUUUCCCAAGUUUCAUUAUCUUUCCCUUUUUAUCUCCUUGUGUGUUGAACACCAGGUAGUAAAAGGCUGAAAGGCCAUUUCCUGUGUCAGUCUAUUAUUUUUCUACGUCUGACUCUUUGAUACAGCAUGUUUAGGUAGCUGGCUACUCUGAUUUAAAAAUCCUUCCUGGGAGAAGAUGACCCAAAGACCCUUUUAGAUGAGGUGAUUUUUCUCAUUCUACAUGAUCAGAUCCCUGUAGACUUAAGAUGUUUUGUUUUCAAAGGGACCUGCGGGGGGUGCGAUAUGCAACUUAUCAUGAUUUUUUCAUUAUCAGUAUUUAUUAGAUGGAUGAUUUUCUUUUACUAAUUCUUCUGAAAGAGGAAGUAAUUGACAGGCACUGCUAGAUUCAGCUAUUGACUAGCUGAAGAAAUUGAGUGUCUUCUCUCAAAAUCAUAAAAUGAAAAUUAGUAAGGCACCCAAUUAUAAGAUUUAUCAAGAUUUUCAGUUCUGAUUUAUUCUUACUGGGGGAGGGGGUAGAGGAUUGGGGAGGGCCUUCUUUGUUUUAGCUUUUACCGGAGAACCAAACUUGCCUUUACCUCUUGUCCCUAGAAUUGGUGCUCUUUGAACAUUUCUGUUAACCGUCGAUUUUGGGGGGGCCAUCUUCCUCAUGAUAAACACAACCUAAACAGGGGAGCAGCAGAUGAGAGAGUAGAAAAUUCUGUUUCCAGAUGUUUAUUUCUUGAUGUAAAUACUAAGCCAAUGUAAACCCUGUGUCACGACCAUAGAGAAUGGUGCUUUUUACUACAGUUAACACAUGCGUUUUUAGAAAACUGCUACAUGUUUUAGAGAAUCUUUGCUGUGUAUAUGUAAACUUCUGUAUUGUUCAACCGUUAACAAAUAAUAAAUUAUUUCAUUAUUAAAGAAA